GGCCAUAAAAUCCAUUUCAACGACACUUGAAGUUAAGAACCAAGCCAAACUACGUACCAACCGCCCAAUCCAGCGCGAUGCCUCCAAUUACCAGAAGAUCUAAGGGACAGCAGAUGACCAACUUGACACCCCCAACUCCAAGACCAAGAAAAGCCAGUUCAUCAAAAGCUGGACCUUCGUCUUCAGCCGCAGCUGCACCAGCUCCGGUAGAUGAUGGGACGGGGCCAGUAUAUUUCUGGAAACCCCACGAAGUACCAUUCGGUAUCUUCUCCCAAUGGUACGAGGACGAAUUUACAGCUCCCUUCGAUGGGGAAGAAAUGAGAUUUGGUACAGCAGAGCAGUAUGUGCAUUAUUAUCCCUGCAACACAUAAAGCCUUAUCGGUGUUCCGAGGGUAAUCUUUUGAUACCCCACAGAUACAUGAUGUAUAGCAAAGCACUACUAUUCAACGACCCAGAUACCGCCGCAGAAAUAAUGAAAACGACGAAUCCCUCGACCCAGCGCGCGCUAGGUCGUAGAGUCCAAAACUUCAAUGAUGUGGCAUGGGCAAAGAAUAGGUCCCGGAUUGUGGAAGAGGGAAGUUAUUGGAAGUUCAAGAAGGAUCCAAGCCGGCUUUUGGAAACGGGUGACAGAGAGAUUGUCGAGGCGAGCCCUCGGGACAGGAUUUGGGGUAUCGGGUUUGGGCCCAAGAAUGCUGAUGUUGGAAAAAGGGAUAAGUGGGGUAUGAACUUGUUGGGGAAGGCGUUGAUGGAGGCGAGGGACAGGCUUAGGAGGGAAUUAGAACCAGAGACAGAAUCAAAGGGGAAGGAGCAAGGCUAGCUGAGGGACAAUUGCCGCCAUGGGGGAACUCAAAGCUUAAUUGUUUGUACGCAGAUUGCGGGAGGAAUUCGCAUCAGGCUCAUAGUUACUUUCCCCUUCCAUCCUCCGCUCCUUUCUUGCCUUCUUGCUUGCUUUCUUUAUUUAUCUAUUUCGUUCUUGCCUUGCCGCCUACCCUUUCCCCUCACCCUUCGUCUGUUUUAAUGGUGCAAAGCGAAAAUAAGGGCAUCCCCGCAACCUCUGUAUCACAUAACUCAUGCGGAGGAUUCCACAAAUGGCGCAUUAGGAUCCCGAGAUUACUCCAAAUCCAUUUGCGCAUUUUUUACAGACUCAUUCUGGUUUGACGGAGGGCCUCCCGCAAAGUUUUUCGAGUCUCCUAUUGAUCCCGAAUGCUUGUAGCACAAUGAAAAGGAAGUGGAAGCACCGUUUGAGCCCUCCACGCACAUUUUCAGCGAACAAGGCUCAUUGGCUUAUUGUCGGCGAUAUCAUUGGAGCGUUUAUCAAGGCAGGCUGUUCUUUUACUAGCUUUUGCUAUCCUAGCACCACCGAAAAUCAGAAAUGACCUCAACAAGAAAAGAGAACACCAAGAGAACACCAAGAGAACAUGAGCGUUGGAUGGAGAUGAUCGCGUUCGAGUGUGAGCACCAAAUGCCAUGUUAUUUAGGGAUCAAGAGGUGUUGGGGACAACUCCAGACGCAAUAUACACUCUCCAGUAGUAAUCAAUCUAGGGAAAUACCUCUACAAGCAUUUUGGACUGCCACGUCUCAGGCUGACGAUAACCUCCCCCCAACCCCCUCUUUUCCGACAAAUCCAACGCUCUAACUGAAAUAAAGACAUCACUUAUCAUCAUAAAGACCAAUAUCCCAUUUAAAUUACCCUGAAUCUC